AAGUGUGGCAUCAACGAGUUACAAAAUAUAUAAGUAAAAAUAAAAAAAUCAAUGAAACUGUUGCAAAACUGAUACAUGAAUUCAUGAGACUUGCCGCAAAUGACAACAUAAGAAAUUUAGAAGAGCUUUUAGAAAUCGUCCUCCGAUUUUUAUCUUACAUGGAUGAUAAAGAAAUUUUUAGAACUUUAUAUAUGACAGAUCUUGUUACUCGACUUUGCUUUGAGAGAACUUCAGACUUUGAAUUGGAGAGGCGUGUGGCUACUAGAUUAUUAAAUGCAAUGGAACCAGAGUUUUCUAACAAUUUAGAUGUAAUGUUGAAUGAUAUAAUAAUUUCAAAGCAGAUUAGUGAAACCCAUGACAAUUGCACUAGUAAUGCACCGUUACUGCAUGUUAACGUUUUGACGCAAGAUAGUUGGCCAAAAUACUUAACUAGCUCAACCUUAAACGUGAAAUUGGCACCAAAUCUAGAACAAGCAAAAACAGCUUUUGAACGUGUAUAUAAGGCUGACCCAGAAAAUAAGAAUAAAAAAUUAAAAUGGCAAUAUGAAUUAGAUAGAUGUGUUGUCGAAAUGACUUUUGAGCCGAAAAAUGUUCUUAUAGAUUUGAGCUUAUGUUCAACCUUAGUAUUGUUGUUAUUCAAUGAUUUGAAACCUGGGAGUUACCUUUCGUACGAAGAAAUCAGGAGGCUGACUGGAUUGGAAACUACCGAACUGAAUCGCGCUUUACAAUCACUGAUAUUCGGGAAGAUCUCAUUAUUAUUAAAAGAUCCACCGAAUGAUGAUAUAGAGAACACUAAUAGAUUUUGUAUUAAUGAAUCGUUGGAUACCACAAUUGGUAUUGACAAUAAUAUAAUCACUCUAGAAGGGAUAUAA